AUGAGCGGUGGACCAGCAUGGAAACGAGAAAUUGUUCCAGAUCAUAAGUUCGACUUCAUCGACACCCGUGAGUUUACCGAUAACGGGUUCCUCAUGCGCCUAAAUGUGAUGGCGGCUGUUCAUUCACUGGUUCCAAUCAUUUCAAAAUUGGACCGCUUAUUGAUGUUUCCUCAAAGAUAUCUCUGGCUUUAUAUCAUCAUCCUCAAAUCAUUUCUGGUCUACCUUUCCGAUAUCUUCACAGCUACGACCAUGUUGACAACUUCAACAUGGUCCAACCAGAUCUUUAACAACUGUCAGCAUCAAGAUGGUUGUUUUUAUAUCCCAUUUAAUGUUGGGAAAUGGCUGUUCGUAGGAUGUAUUAUUUUUGGCUUUCUCCUGCUGGCGUACGAAGCCCGGAAAUCAAAGAAAAUUAUCGCCAGUCGUGAUAUCUCUUACGCAUUCACGAACGUGAUGGCUAACAACUAUUACUCCCUCCGCUCGUAUGAUCACUUCUGCUUCUUUGAUCAUAUCAGUAAUUCCACGAAGAAGAAAGAUGACUUUGCGUUCUUCAUCUUCUUUACGUUCAAGAGUUGGAAGCGCCUGUUACUGUCUGAUGGACCAAGACAAACGAUCAACGCUUUGACACUCUAUAGUAUCUACCUGGCGAAGAACGACAAGGGAUCUUGGUACGACAUCAGCAAGUACUUCGCAGGAAACAGUCUGUCAACCUCCGCCCUGACUGUCUCCACGUUCUUCACCUUCGUCAUUUUCGCUGGCUCGCUCUUACUGUUGAUUAUGGCUGGCAUAUUCUAUAUUCCUUUGUUGUGCUACAUUCAAGGGAACCUCAAGGAGUACGUAUGCCACAAGGUCGACAAGCGAAUUGCAGAGGUCAUCAAGCGUAGAAAUAAGGAGCGACUCGCAAGGGCUGCUGCGCUAGCGAAGAAGGAGGCCAUGGGUGACUUCUCCCACUUGAAAAACAAGAAGGGCGAGAUGGUCGGGAAACCUUUACCACAGCCGACUCUUCCAAACCUCUCGGUUGACGAUGACGACGACGCUGGAUCUAUCUCCAAGCGUGGGCCAGGUGGUGCCUACAACCAGGAUUACUACUUUGACCAAAAAAGCAUAGCACCAAGUUAUCACACAAAUCCCGCGAGUGCUGACUAUACCGAGUAUCCUCCAAUGCCGGCUUACAACGCUGGGUAUUCACACCAGACUGCGGGGACGUUCAACCAAUAUAGUUCGUCUACGGGGGGCUACGAGCCACAGCACCAAACGUACGAAGAAGACUACGGCAGCACGGUUCAUCUUCAGGAAGGUGUUACUCUUGCAUACCAAACUGAUGAUCAAGGGCCGUACGAUUCAUAUGGGAGCUCUGGGGUGGGAGGGCGAUAUGUUGCAGACGCACAUGAUGUGUACCAAGGGAGAGCAAAUGCAGGAGCACGUUUGCCAUAUAAUGGUGCGAGCGGGCAGGCUUACGAUGUGCAGGACUAUCCUAGCCAGCAGUAUACGCACGCACAUAAUUAUGACUAUACGGCAACGAACGGGGAUGGAUACCAUUAUCAAGGGUAUGGUGGUGCACAAGGGUCACAUGAGUAUGGACAUGCUUUGUAG